AUGUUGUUAUCCAAAGUUCUCGGUGUUAUCAUCAUCGCAAGGAAUGGCGACCGAUACAACUACUACCAAGACCCUUACACCUACUCAGCGUCCAACACUGAGACGACUGCUCUCGGAGAGGUCGAGUCCAACGCUCUCGGAAGCCUCAUCCGAAAUACGUACUUCAACAGCCAGUCUCCUUCGUACAUCGAGGGCAUCCGGGCCGAUAUCGUGGACAACAGCGAGGUCAAAGUCCGUGUCAAGGCUGGCGUUGAGGGCACUGUCGUCUUCGACUCCGCCAUCGCCCUCCUCCAAGGGCUCUUCCCUCCCAACCCUAACAACAAGAUCGUCCUCGCCAACGAAACCACUGUCGUUGCUCCUCUCGGAGGCUACCAAUACGUCCCUGUCGAGACUGUUGAACCCGGCAAUGAUCGUUCCCUGGAGAGUUGGACCAACUGCCCGGCCUUCGAGAAGCACACCAAAACAUUCUACGCCUCUGCUGACUUCAAGGCGAAGGCUCAGGAUGCUGUCCCUUUCUUCAAGGCUGUGAAGGACUAUGUCUUUGGUCGCCCUGCUACACUGGAGAACGCAUGGAACAUCUUCGACUACAUGAACUCGGAACUCAUCCACAACAAGACCUAUGCGCACCGUCUUCCCCCCACUUUUAUCGAGCAGGCGCGUCACUGGGCAAACUACCAUGAAACCGGUGUCUUCUCGGAGAAGGACAUCAACGGUGUCGGCAACAUCGCUGGACGCACGAUCCUCCACACAAUCCUUACAUCUCUCGAACGUAUUGCUUUUAACGGCGACCCUCUCCAGUUCAUGCUUGUUGAGACCACCUACCAGCCAUUCAUUUCGCUCUUCCAGCAGACCGGCAUCAUCAACGACCUCGCCGAGUACGCUGGCAUUCCCGACUUCUCCUCUGCCCUUGCUAUCGAGCUCCGCCGCGGCUCUCCUCCUGACGUCCGCGACUUCCUCCGCAUUAGGUUCAAGAACGGAACUGCCAGCGACUUCAAGGACGUCCACGUCUUCGGCCACCGUGCUGAUAUCCCCUUGACUGAGUUCAUCUACCGCGCCGAGAAUGCGGCAAUCACCUCGAACAGGCAAUGGAAGGACGUCUGCGCCAAAACCUCGUUCUCUGAGACCGUUGUCGGGAUGACCGAGGGUUACAAUUACGCCACUGCUGUCCUCGCCAUGAUGACUAUCUUCGGCGCCUUGUUCUUCGCCCUCUCCCGCUAUAAGAAGUACCGUGCUGAGCGCCGCCGCAUCAUACUCCAGGGUGAAGAGGCCGCGAUCGUUCAACCCCAGGGUGCGAUGCAGGAGAAGGUGAGGCUCGUUUGA